AUGUGCUACUUGAAGACUCAAUAUGUGCGAGCAGAUAACAGUGCUCUUCGAAUUGAGAAUGAAAGGAUUCAGAAAGAAAACCCCGUCAAUGAGGCACUGAAGAAGAUUAUUUGUGCAUUUUAUGGGAGUCCAUCAUUUCCUCAAGAAGAGCAUGAACUUUUCAUGCAAAAAAUGAGACUUGAAAAUGCUCAGCUAAAAGACGAGGCCAGUAAACCUUGUAAGAAAUUGAAUAACUUUCUUAAAAGUCUCAUGGAGAGCCAAGUGUCACAACAAGAGCUGCAACUUGGGCUUAUUCCCAUCAUAGGAUCUUCACAUGACCCAACGCUUGCAAGCUUGCUGAACCAAGAGGCUUAUGGGAGUGGAGUUGGAAGCUCAAGUCUUGGUUUGACAUCAACUAUUGGUGGUGGUGGGGUAUCAUUUCAAAACAACUCAGUGGAUGAAAUCCUAGAUUUUCAAAAUCAAAAGUUGCUGAUGAAGGAGAUUGCAGCUACUGCAAAGGAAGAACUGGCUAGGCUUAUACGGUACAAUGAGCCCUUCUGGUUCCUCUCUCCAUACCAACAAGGGAAACUCACUCUUCAUCUUGGAGACUAUGAAGUAUUUUUCCCAAAGAAUAAUCACCUAAUUGGUCCCAACGUGCGUAUAGAAUCAUCAAAAGAUUCAGUGAUAGUGAACAUCACAAGCAUGCAACUUGUUGAGAUGUUUCUAGAUCCGGUCAAAUGGGCCAACCUUUUCCCAACGAUUAUUGCUAAAGCGGAAACAAUCCAAGUCUUUGAUAGCGGUUUGUCAAGCAAUCUAAAUGGAGCCUUGUUGUUGGUACAUGAAAUGCAUGUUCUUUCACCUUUAGUGCAAUCUCGCAAAUUUCACUUCCUUCGCUAUUGUGAGCGUGUUGAUGCUGGUUUAUGGAUUAUAACAGAUGUGUCAGUUAAUCUCCCUGGACAACACAAUGCUCUUUCUCGCUCUUGGAAACAUCCCUCUGGAUGCAUGAUUCAGGAAAUGCAUGAUGGGAGAUGCAUGGUUGUUUGUGUAGAACAUGUGGAAGUGGAUGAGAUUCAAACACACCAACUAUUCAAAGAUCUGGUUGAUACCCAGAUUGCAUAUGGAGCUGAAAGAUGGUUGAAAGAGCUGCAAAGAAUGUGUGAAAGAUUUGCUUGCUUUUUUGAUGAAAAAAUACCUGUUCAUGACCCUAGAGGAGUGAUCCAUUCAGUUGAAGGGAAGAGAAGCAUGAUGAAGCUUUCUUAUCGAAUGGUUAAGAUGUUUUGUGAAAGUUUAUCCAUGUCAGGUCAUGAUUUGAGCUUCCCACAUCCAAUUAUGGAUAAUACUAGCGGAGUUAAAAUCUCUGUUCGUAGAAACAUUGAAAUUGGCCACCCAAAUGGCGCGGUUGUUGUGGCUGCCACAACUCUUUGGUUUCCACUCCAUUAUCAGAGAGUUUUUGAGUUUUUAACUGAUACAACUAAACGUCCCCAGUGGGAUGUUUUUGCUGCUAAAACUCCAGAGCAUGAGAUUGCACACAUUUCAGUCGGAGCUAAUCCUGGGAACUAUAUAUCACUCAUCCUGCCAUUCAUGCCAAAUACCGAGAACAACAGGGUGACUCUGCAAGAGUGUUCUAUGGAUCCUAUAGGAUCAUACGUUGUAUAUGCUCCAAUGGAUGUAGCUGUUAUUGAUAUGGCCAUAGCGGGAGGAGAAACUUCAGUUAUACCAAUCCUUCCAUCAGGUUUUAUGAUCGCUGCAGAUGGCCAAACAAAUGCUGAGAGCUCAGGAGGGUCUCUGCUGACUGUGGCAUUCCAAAUGCUUGUGGGUUGUAGUCUUACUCCAGAUGGAACCGAAAUACAUGAUGUGGAAAGUGUGGCAGAAGUCAAGACCCUUUUGGACUUAACAGUCCAGAAAAUACAGAAUGCUCUGAUAUGUUAUUAAUAGUUUGGAGUAGUGUUUUG